CCAUCUCCUCACCCAUAAACGCAGCACCAGUGUGUCGUAGUAGAUCAGUGAUCACUCAAUAGUAGUCCCCAUAGAGGAGCAAGAGAGAAAGAUGAGCAUCUCGAGAAGAGCUUGGGUGGUGGCAUCGAGUGUGGGCGCCGUGGAGGCGCUCAAGGAUCAGGGCUUCUGCAGGUGGAACUACGCCCUCCGGUUGCUGCACCAGCAAGCCAAGAACCAUGUCCGGUCGUUCUCGCAGGCGCAGAGGAAGCUGUCCCUGAUGCCCCGCGUGCCGGACGAUAAGUUGAGGCUGGCCGAGGAGUCUCUGAGGAAAGUCAUGUUCUUGAGCUGUUGGGCUCCUAACUGAUGAACAUUUCGUGCAAUUCUCUUAGUUUUGGAUUUAUAUGGAUGCCAAAAAUGACUGUAAGAUGGUAUUUAGCAGCCGGCCCUUGUGCCAGAUAUUGAUUAGCAAUCGUUACAGGAAGAAGUUAAUUUCCAGGACUUAUCCAGUCCAGACUUUUUGUAAUGAAUCUCUAACCUAUGAAAGAGUGACUUUAUCAUA